AUGACGUUCGGUGUGGACUCCCAGGAGCAACAAGACCCCUGCUGCCAGACAAUGCACCGGAAAGACGAGCUGCGUUCACAUGGCUCGGAUGUCCGGUGUAACAACCCAGACAAGGAACCUAUAAACUCCAGACGACGCCACACAGGAGCCAUAGGGCACGGAGACGACGUCGGCAUGUGGCCUAACCCGUUCACCUACGGGUUACAGAAAGGGCCUCAAGUCAGGGAAGUACGCGACGAGCAAGAUGACUUUGACAUCCUCGAUGUCAACGUUGGCAGCAAAGCUGAUUGGCUGAUCAAUGCAACAAUGGCUUCCAAACAAGUGUCUCUUAAGGUUGACACAGGCUCACAAGCCAACUUGUUGCCUCAGUCUGUGUUCCAAAGCCUAAAAUCGAAGUCCAGGUUACGGGAAAGCUCCUCUGUUCUGCGCUUAUACAGUGGCGACGCUAUCAAGCAUAUCGGUUUUACUACGCUACAAGUUGUCGCGAACAGCCACACCGGUUACUUCGACUUCUUCAUUGUUAAGAAGAGCACCCAGGCCAUCCUGGGGCUGUCGGCGAGUGAAGCUUUAGGACUGGUCUCUCGUACUGUCGACGUAGUGAAUACACGCAGCACCAUCCAAGCGAUGACAGAAUUUCCCGAGUUGUUUCAGGGCAUUGGCUGUCUAAAACGCCAGUACCACAUGGUUCUUCGGGGGGAUGCAACCCCGGUAGUCCAACCGGUACGACGGGUGCCCCAGGCCCUGCUCCAGCCCUUGCGAAAGGAACUGGACCGCAUGGAGCAUGAAGGCAUCGUGGUCAAAGUCAGCGAACCGACAGAUUGGGUGAGCCCCUUUGUCGCCGCGAGAAAAAAGGAUGGUAAACUGCGUGUCUGCAUUGACCCCAGGUGCAUCAAAGAGAGCUUAAAAAGAGAGCACUAUCAAAUGCCAAAAAGCGAGGACAUUGAGGCUGAGCUGGCCGGUGCCAAGUUUUUCUCUCGCCUCGACGCGCAAUCUGGAUUUCACCAAAUUCCUCUAGAUAAGGCUACUUCGAAGAUAUGA